GCUUUGUGACGGGUUUCCAGAGCCGCUUCUCUCGCCCUGUGCGUCUCCCGUGUCUUUUUCAACCACUCGAGCGGUUUUGCUCCGGCACGGGGAGGGGAGAUGGAGCAGCAGCAUCCGCCGUGACCUCCAGCACGACACCAGGCGCCAGGAUGGAGCCUCAGCACCCUCCCUCACCCCGGCAGCGAGGGACAGGCCUGUGCCCCGCGAGCAGCCCCAGCCGUGCCUCUCGUCCCUGCGGCUGUGUAAACGCUUCGUGGCCUCUCCCCGCGCUCUGGGGGAUGGACAAUACACGCGUGGACAACAGCGAGUACAUGCGGAACGGGGAUUUCCUGCCCACGCGGCUGCAGGCGCAGCAGGACGCCGUCAACAUCGUGUGUCACUCCAAGACCCGCAGCAACCCCGAGAACAACGUGGGGCUCAUCACCCUGGCCAAUAACUGUGAAGUGCUGACCACCCUCACUCCAGACACGGGCCGGAUCCUGUCAAAGCUCCACACAGUGCAGCCCAAGGGGAAAAUCACCUUCUGCACAGGGAUCAGAGUCGCUCACCUGGCUCUGAAGCACCGCCAAGGCAAGAACCACAAGAUGCGCAUCAUCGCCUUCGUGGGCAGCCCCGUGGAGGACAACGAGAAGGACCUGGUGAAACUGGCAAAGCGGCUGAAGAAAGAGAAAGUCAACGUUGACAUCAUCAACUUCGGGGAGGAGGAAGCCAACACGGACAAGCUGACGGCCUUCAUCAACACCUUAAACGGGAAGGACGGCACCGGCUCCCACCUGGUGACGGUGCCGCCGGGGCCCAGCCUGGCCGAUGCCCUCAUCAGCUCGCCCAUCCUGGCCGGGGAGGGAGGGGCCAUGCUGGGGCUGGGCGCCAGCGACUUCGAGUUCGGGGUGGACCCCAGUGCGGACCCGGAGCUGGCGCUGGCUCUGCGUGUGUCCAUGGAGGAGCAGAGGCAGCGGCAGGAGGAGGAGGCGCGGCGGGCAGCGGCUGCCUCGGCGGCUGAGGCGGGGAUCGCGGCCAGCGGCGGGGACGAGUCAGAUGAUGCUCUGCUCAAGAUGACCAUCACCCAGCAGGAGUUUGGCCGGGCCGGGCUGCCCGACCUCAGCAGCAUGACGGAGGAGGAGCAGAUCGCCUACGCCAUGCAGAUGUCUCUACAGGGAGCAGAGUUCGCCCAGGCAGAGGCAGCCGAGGUGGACAGCAGCACAGCCAUGGACACCUCCGAACCCACCAAGGAGGAGGAUGACUAUGACGUGAUGCAGGACCCCGAGUUCCUGCAGAGUGUGCUGGAGAACCUGCCUGGUGUGGACCCCAACAACGAGGCCAUCCGCAAUGCCAUGGGCUCGCUGGCCUCGCAGGCCUCCAAAGACAGCAAGGACAAAAAGGAGGAGGAGAAGAAAUGAGGGCAGCGGGCCGGGGGCUCUGCUGCUGCUGCUCUGCUGGCCCAGGGGGUGAGUCAGCUCCUGCCCACGGGCCCGGGGCCAGCAGUGCCCUGGGGGGCAGGGACGGGGGGGUUCUGCUGCAAUGGGACAAUAAAGGCUUUC